GGGAUCUUGGCUAUCAGCGCAAAAGUAAAAAAACACGAUUGUUCUUGCAGAAAUUCUCUCUUUUUGGCCGCAGCGUAUGUUUCCCGUUUCUCUUCCCGCUUUCUCUCGCAUUCUCUCCCCUUCGGAAUAUUUGUCAUUCCGUUGAUCGAUUAGUCUCCCAAACACACACCAUAAUAUCAUCCCGUUUAAAUGCAGUUGCUGUUUAAUCGCCCAGCAGCUGACGUGUCAAUGGGAUUUUGACGUCAUUGCUCUGCUGUGUGUGUACGCGCGAGUGAUUAAUUUAUUUUGUUGGGAUCGUGUGCGCGCUGGCUUGUCAUCGUUGGAUGCUGUGUGUGCCAAUUAGAAAUCUGGGGCUUCCUUCAACGGAUUAAUCGUGCAGAAGCCCUGCUUUGGCCAGCCAUUGGUGUGUGCUGCUUUUGGUGAAGAUUGCAGUGAUUUCAUUGAAUCUGAUAGAAAUUUAUGAAUCUUGAUUUUGAUUUGAUUAGUGCACUGAUUGGGAUUCUGAAGGCUUUCAGGGAUUUAUUAUUAUCAGAUUUAUUGUGAGUGCGAAUGGAGAAUUUUGAGAAUCAGAACGUUAACGGUGGGAGCCCUGCCGAGUCUGACAACGAAGACCAGGCCCAGCAGGAAGUGGCCCAGCAGGAAGAAGGCCAAGUUGCCCAACUUUUUAAUGGACACUGAUUCUGAUGGCCAUUUCUUAAUCCGCCUUCGUGACCUGGUGCACCGAGUGCGCCGGCUACAUUUGCUGCCUUGAUCGGAGGGAAAAAGUUCUACACAUCCAGUUCUGCAAUUCCACUUCUACAAAAUCCACUUCUACAAAUUUUCCAGUAGCACCGUGAGCGCGGCUGCUCAUUGCACUGCUUGACCUACAACUUGCUGAACCGACAACCAUCUCUCAAUUUGACCUGAAUCUGAGCAACAUUAACCACAUCAUUAUUAACUAUGCAUCUAAAAUGCCGAUACGAAAAUGCCAUGGGCCUUCCGCCGUUCGUCCAGGUGAUGUUGGACGAAGCCCACGCCAACAUGCAGGUACUGGACACUGCAAACCAGAAUCUGCAGCAGCAGCUGAAUUCGGCCCAGCAGCAGCUGCAGCAGGCCCAAGGACAGCGUGACCAAGCGGAAGGGUUGCGACAGGAAGCCGAACAGCGUGCCCUGGAGGCCGAAAAACGCGCCAUUGAGGCCGAAGAACGCGCGCGCAGUACCGAAACCCGCAUGGCCACCAUGGAGACCGAGAUGGCUGUGCGAGGUAUCCUUCUGGAGGCGAAGAUGGGUGGGGAUGAUGAGACGCUGGUGGAGGGGAAAGAAGAGGAGAAGAAGAAAGAGGAGAAGAAGGAACAGGGAAGAAGGAACAGGGAAGAAGGAAGAGGAGAAACUGGAAGAGGAGAACCUGGGAGAGGAGAAGAAGGAAGAGAAGAAGGAAGAGGAGAAAUUGGAAGAGGAGAAGGUGGAGGAAUUGGAUGAGGAGGAUGAGAUGACUCCCGUUCUUUUGGUGGGACUAUGGGCCUUGAUGAUCUCGAUCGUUUACUUUGGCGACCGCUUCUAGCCUCUCUCGUUCUAGUUCCUUCGUUUUAAUCCAGCCUCAUUGACAUUCCCGCCAGGCACAACUUGACAGAAAGCAUGCAGAUGAUCGUCGCCGAAGCAUUUGGAACAGUAUUACUAAUGUGCGUUUUUUUCUGUGUUUAUUUGACCCUGUGAGCGGUGUCAGUUGCUCAUUGAUAACUUUAAUUUUAACUUUCUUCCGAUCAUGCCGCUACACCGUUAACAUUAAUUCAGGAAUCUGUGGAAUAUUUAGCGAUUUAUUCCAGCGAAAAAUGUUUUAGAAUGUUGGGGGUUUUAUGGGUAGGCGGUUACGGGAGCGCGUUGGUCUGAAUUUUGGAUAGCUUAGUGUGUCGCGUCAGUGAGAAAAGUUUGGCAUAUCAUUUUCUGAGAACUGAAUGGAUGGUACUUGUUGGAGGUAGCUGGUAUUUUAUUUUAUUAAAAUUUAUUGCGACGGUGA